GGACUUCAGUACGAUUCGGCGCGUCAACAAGUGCACGCAUUACGGGCUCGGGGUAGAAAGUUCUUGCUCGCCACAGCAACGGAAAGUGUGAUUUGGAGAAGGAAGUUCUACGACCGUUCAAUUGCCGCGCGCAUGAAGAGAGCGUGUUGUUGAGUUGUUGUGGAUUAGCCCGAAGCGUAGCGAUUGAUACCCCGUGGCCACCGUGGCGGGGUGAACCAUUUCCGUCAACAUGCCCGAGAUGAUUGCCUUCAACUCUCCCGAGACGGUGGUUGUGACGAACGAAAAUGAUCUGCGAAAGCAGCGGCCACUAAAGAAGAAAACCAGUGCCCUGAAUACCGUCUUCUUUUACCUCGGCCUGGAACAGCGAUCCGACAAAGAUGCGAAUAUGUGGUUUAAAAUCCUCAUUCUUGUUGCGCUGCUCGUGCUGUUCUUCUCUAGCGCGAUUGGCUUCAUCAUCAUGUGGUUCACAGAUGUGUACAACAAUUCUAUACUAGAGAAACUGAUUCUCGCUCCCAACACAACGGCAGCCGAAUGGUGGGUCACACCUCCGGUAUUUCCACUGCUAAAGGUGCACGUGUUCAACUACACCAACACCCGAGAGUUCCUGAAAGGGGAGGACAGUAAACUGCGCGUCGAAGAUCUAGGUCCUUUCGUUUACAAGGAAACGGCACAAAAAAUCGAUGUGCGACACAAUGGCGACGGAACGAUUGCAUACCGGGAACAUCGCCAUAUAGAGUACCUGCCCGAAGAAUCGCACGGAAACCCCUUCGAUGAGGUGGUCGUACCGAACGUAGUGCUUCUCAGUGCGGAAAUGAAGAAGUUAAACUUGGGUACCUUCGAAAAGUUCGUGUACGGAGGAGUGAAAGGAUCCGCCGGUGCUUCGGCCUUCAUGAGAACUUCAACCGAUUUGUUCCUGUGGGGCUAUGAUGAUAAGCUGCUCGGUAAACUCAAGACGUUUCUUCCAAAAGAUACGCCGGACAGAUUCGGUAUGCUGAUGUCGCGUAAUGGAACUGGGGCCGAAAAUUUCACCAUCUAUUCCGGCGAAUCCAGCCUACAACAUUUGGCCAUCAUCAAGGAGUUGGAUGGUAGCACACGGUUGCACCAGUGGCACACGGACGAGUGUGAUCUCGUCGGUGGUACCGAUGGAUCUCAGUUUCCACCGCAUCUCAUGGAUCGGCAGGCAACGUUGCAGGUGUUCAUUAAAUCCUUGUGCCGCAAGUUCCCGCUCGUCUACGACAGUGAAGUGACGGCGCUGGAGGGUAUUCCGGCGUGGCGGUACAAAAUUCCGCCGACCGUUUUCCAGCACCCAAGCGUUCACAAACAGAACGAGUGCUUCUGUCCGCAGGAACCGAAAAAGUGCUCCCCGAGUGGACUGUUUAACAUUACGGGCUGCUCGAUGGGAGCACCGAUCUUUGCCUCCUUUCCACACUUUUACACCGGCGAUCAGCUGCUGAUCGAUACGAUCGACGGUAUCGAACCGGUACAGGAGAAGCACGAAACGUUUGCCGACAUACACCCGCGGUUGGCAUUCCCGAUCGGUGGUGCAUCCCGGUUUCAGAUCAAUAUCCGUGUGCAGCCUGGAAUGGAAAUGUUUAAGCAGGAGCUCUACUUACCGGUCAUUUGGCUCGAGGUGGUCCCGGGCGAAAUCUCGGACGAGCUGCGAACGAUGAUCUACCACAGCACGUACAGUGCGAACGCCAUCCAGAUGUCGCUCAAGAUCGGUAGCCUCGCCAUCUUUGCCCUCUCCUUCGUGCUGGUCGUCGCAAAGUGCUUCUGUGGUCGGAGAAAACCUAACAAAACGUAAAAAAAAGGGAAACGCGCCGUUUUCUUGGCACAUGCAAAUACUCACGAGCGGUAUGGUGGAAGAAUGGAAGAUAGGAAGUGUCCGACUUACACGAGUGGACACGGGACAUGUCUCAUUGUCUGUUAACUGCUAGAACAUACUGCUUAGAUAUUGAACCGUUUGUAGAAUAUCGACACAAUGGUCCGGCUAGACGCAGGGACCAGACCUGCAGCUAAGAAUUGUUUUGCGCUUUUUUUUUUGUUUGUUUUAGUUGUUCGUUCCUGUCCGUAUAGUUUAGUAGAUUCUCCCAUCGCAUCUUGCUGUAGUGUUAAGGGGUUUGCGUUGAACAGGCUCCAGCCAUAGACAGAGAGAGAGAGAGAGAGAGAUAGGGAAGCUUGAAGAAUGUAUAGUAAACCGGACUACGGUAGCUCCGCCAUACAAUAUGUUAUGCAGCCGUAGAUAGUAGACCUCAUAGCUAAUCACCAUUGUGCCUGAUCGACGAUAAGCGCUAGUCUAGGGGCUGCUGCUACUGCUGUUGAUCGAGAAAAUUCGUUCUACUUGCUACUAUAGUGCUGCUACUGCUACUGACCACGAACCUGCCAAUCUGCUGCUUGGAGCUUGGGCUGUGGUGCACUCGCGGAAUGCAUCAGUGUGUUACGUAUUACCUCUCCGCUAAUUUUACCCGCUGAGAACCGUUCAUCGGGUCCGACGAUAGACGAUAAUUACCAUUGGGGCGACCGCUAGAGCUAAGCCGAUUCGCUGUAACCUGACGUACUUGAACACAAUAAACCUUAAGCGCCGUAUCUGUUAUUGUGCGUACA